AUGUACUCAACUUGUAUAUUUCUCUCCAAAACUUCCUCUUUUGCUGACUCCAUGUACAAGCAGUCAUGUGGCAUGACCACGGGCUCACUAAGAACAUUCUUGACAAACCUGUACAUGGAUUACUUGGAGAACAAGAAUGAAAAAGGCAAUAUCCCUAAAGAGUUCAAGGACAGUUCCCCAAAAACUAAGCCACAUACCAAGACCGAGACACAAAAUACGCGCCUAGCCAUACUCGCCCAAGGCUCCACAUCGCCUCCAGAGACUUUCAGCAGCCUUCGCCCGACCCUGCAUCCCCAGCAGCUUCUCCGCUCGAAGUCCUUUCAUCAUGCUCUCCUUGGCUUAGAUGGUGGUCCAAGCCCCCUCCACAUGCGUGUGAGUACCGUUGUUGUUGUACUGGUGCUUGCCUGCUGGACCACCGUCAAGAGUGACCCCAUCGGAGCCGGUUUGCUUGCAGCUGGGCUGCUGGGAGCACCAUUGCUCGGGCUAGCCGCACUCAGGGCAUUUUGGCUAUUCCUGUUUGGACGUCGAUUCCUUCACGGAAAGCGUUCAGUUGAUGACCCAACUCUGGAAGAGAAGAAUGCCUUGUUAUCCACUGUGAGUGAACUUGACCAAGACGGAUGUAUUCGUAAGAUGUUGUGCCAACUGCAGACUAAGGAGGAAACAUCCCGCACCCUGGAAGAGAAACUUCUAGCGAAGUUAUUCACUAACAGCAGCACUGAAAACAUUACCCCAUAUAACGCCGCCUUCGUGUACGCCACAGAUAUCGGCAUAAAGACUCGCAACGCUGCCGUCUGCGAGAAGGUCUUCAACAAGUGCUCAGUUGGUGAUCUUGAAAUGAGUGACCUGUUGCAGAAGACCUGGGGCUGCCCUUCCAACCUUUCUCAAUAAUAUACUGUUAAAUAAACAAUAAACAAGGAUACAAGUACGGAUACAGGAACGUGGCUACGCUAGACGUGAACGUCAUCCUCUACUUACAUUCGCGUCCUCGCCUAAAUUUUUAAGUUUCGAGUAGUAGAAUAUUAAUUUUAGAACAGUAGUCAAUAAUUAAUUACAAAUAACAACUAUUGUUAUAUAUUUUUAUACAAAUGACAUCGAAUGUUUCUUUUGUUAGCAAUACAUAGCAACAUAUUUAAUGCAUUUGAGGUUUCCGGAUUUAAAAUGACUUUAUUUGAAGAUCUCGAGGAACUGAGGCUCUGACAAACAAGUUCAGAUCUUCUCUGAAUGUUGAAGAUCUCGAGGAACUGAGGCUCUGACAAACAAGUUCAGAUCUUCUCUGAAUGUUGAAGAUCUCGAGGA